UCGUGAGAACGACUUCCACCUUAUUAGGCACAAAACUAUUUAUGUCACAACUGAAAGUAAAACAGGACGGAGCAGGGGGUGGAGCAUUUGCUGGUGUCACUGGUGCCAACCUUGUCCUGGCCUCUGUGCCGUGUCGGCUUGCUGCUCUGCACCCCGAGACCUGCCCCAAAAUGUAGUUUUCUGACCCAGAUGCUGUGCUUCUCUUCUGAGUAAUGGUCCAGCAGGCAGAAUGCUGGGGAUGGCACAAAACGCUGGAGCACUGAGCAGGCUGCAGAGCCAGAAAACACACCUGAAAAGUAUUUGUCUGCAGUAUCUGCUUCUGAACAGCCACUGCUUUUGCCUUGUAAAGAAUGGAAUGGGACUAAUCAUCUUCUUCCUAUGUGCUUAUGUUCCAAAGACAGAAGCAGGACGCUGCAAGUGGGAAGAAGUUCUGCAGGAUUUGCAAGCCAUCAAGACAUCCAGAGACAUUGAUGUCAGUUUAUACACUGCCAACGCAGAUGAGGAUGAAGAAUGCCAGGAACUUGUAAUGAGGUGCUUUUUCUUAGAGACAGAAGUGAUAGUUCAAGAAUGUCGUAUCAAAAAUUGCAGUAAAACACAGGAUGUGUGGAACAUUUGGAAAAAUGGGAAUGACAGCUUCGAAAAAAAUAAGUCGGCUUCCACAAAAUCAGAAAAAUGCAAAGAAUGUGAAGAAUAUGAAGAAAAAAAUUUUACAGAAUUUGUACAAAACUUUGAAAAGGUUAUACAAAGGGAUUGCAAACACUGGUCAGAAAGACAUAAGCUGGUAAGCUCAAUUACUUCUUCCGUCCAAGAACUCAAAGUCAAAACUAAAAUAUUUAUGUGAAGACUCUUCUUUGCCCUUUUGUACAAUGCUAGCAUAAGGGCAUUAAAAAUUAUCUCCAGUUUUCUCACUGGAAGAAAUAUCACAAAAAAGAAAUAAAUUAUUUGCCUCCAUAAAACAUCAAAACCAGAAGUGUUUAUUACAUA